UAGCAAAAUGUCUCCUGCUUUAAAACCAGACGUUCAAAAAGAAAUGGAAUCGUUUUUUCAUGUCUGUAUGGCAAAUCCUUCAAUAUUAAAUCAACCAGAAUAUUCUACAGUAAAAAUUAUUGAAUUUUUUGGAGGACAAAUACCAAAAGUAAAUCAACAAGAAAAUAAUGAAUCACCAAGUAAAAAAUCAGAAGAUGCAAAUAUAUCUAAAGAACCAGAACCACAAUCUGAACCAGAAAGUGAAGAAGAAAGUGAUCUUGAACUUGAUAUGAGUGCAGUAAUUGAACCAGAUACAGAUGCUCCUCAAAAAAUGGGAAAUCUUACUUUACAACCAACAGAAGAAGAAAUUGCAGAAUCUCAAGCUAAACGUUCUGAAGCUGUAUCAGCAUUUAUAGAAAAAGAUUAUGAAAAAGCUAUAGAACUUUAUACUGAAGCUAUUAUAUUAAAUCCACAGGCAGCAUUACUUUAUGCUAAACGUGGACAAAUUUUCUUAUUAUUGAAUAAGCCUAAUGCUUGUAUUCGCGAUUGUGAUCGUGCCUUGGAAUUAAAUCCGGAUAGUGCAGCAGCACAUAAAUUUAGAGGAAGAGCUAAUUAUUUGCUUGGAAAAUUUGAAGAAGCAGUUAAUGAUUUGAGACUUGCUUGUAAAUUUGACUUUGAUGAGCAAGCUGAUGAGUGGCUACGAGAAGUAACACCAAAUGCUCGAAAAAUCGAAGAACACAAAAGAAAGAAGGAACGUAAAAUACAAGAAAAGUUAGAACGUGAGAGACAAGAAAGAUUAAGGAAAGCUCGAGAGAGUGCAAAAAUUUAUGAAGAAAACACUCGUACCUCUCAAACUGAUUCCAGCGGUGAUACUGCUGGAAUGGGUGACUUUUACAAAUUUUUAAACGAUCCAGAUGUUCUCCAAGCUUUUAUGGAUCCUGAAGUAGCUGAAGCUUUCAAAGAAAUUUCCACGAAUCCGACAAAUAUUUUGAAGUACCAAAGCAAUCCGAAGAUUAUGGCAUUUAUUAAUAAGAUGGCUUCGAAAUUCGGUGGAGCUGGUGGAUUUCCUGGUAUGAUGGGUGGUAUGCCUGGGUUCCCAGGUGCUGGCACACAAACUACUCCAAAACCAAAACCACAGGACGAUGUUGGUCUUGAUUAAAUCUGAUAUGCUUUGUUAUUGAAAUUCUGUUUCAAUUUAUUCUCAAAUAAUUUACAAAGCUCUGAAAACUUGUUCUGAAGUGAUUGUUAUGUCACAAUGCGGUGUCUUAUUAAAAAAUACUAUAAUGAAUUAAGCGAGCUAGAAUUUAGAGAUAUGUAUAUCUUCACUGUCAUAAUAAUAAUAUUUUAAAAAAAAUUAUACAUUUCAAAAUCAUCUUGAAAAAGGAGCAUAAUUAUAAAGAUCCUCUUUUAUACAGUAUUUCUCGUUUAAGGUUGGAAUUUUUUAAUUUUAUCUCACUUGGUAGAGAGUUCUUGGAACUACUCCCAUAAAAUUAAUAAACGUUCAUAUUAUUUUUGAUCUGUGAUCGACGAUAUCUCGGAAUAAGAGUUAUCUAAAAUAUUAAAAAUAAUAUUUCUUUUAUUCUCCGAUGCAUCAAAAAAUAAGUAUAUAGCAGAAUGUCUAAUUUCUAGAAUGAUAUUUCCCUUGAUAAUUACGAUCUUCGAUCGUAAUGGAAUAGGACUUAAAUUA